AUGGUACCAACAGUGAGCCUGGAGCCCGCGGGCCGCAGCUGCUGGGACGAGCCGCUGAGCAUCGCCGUGCGCGGCCUGGCCCCCGAGCAGCCCGUCACGCUCCGCGCGGCCCUGCGCGACGAGAAGGGCGCGCUCUUCCGAGCCCACGCGCGCUACCGCGCCGACGCCCACGGUGAGCUGGACCUGGCGUGCGCGCCCGCGCUGGGGGGCAGCUUCACGGGGCUCGAGUCCAUGGGGCUGCUCUGGGCCAUGGAGCCCGACCAGUCUUUCUGGCGCCUGGUCAAGCGCGACGUGCAGACGCCAUUCGUGGUGGAGCUGGAGGUGCUGGACGGACACGAGCCCGACGGCGGGCAGCGGCUUGCACACGCGGUGCACGAGCGUCACUUCAUGGCUCCCGGGGUGCGGCGCGUGCCCGUGCGCGAGGGCCGGGUGCGCGCCACGCUCUUCCUGCCUCCAGGACCUGGACCCUUCCCUGGGAUCAUAGACCUUUUUGGAAUUGGAGGUGGCCUUUUGGAGUAUCGGGCGAGUCUGCUGGCGGGGAAAGGCUUUGCUGUCAUGGCUCUGGCUUAUUUUAAGUACGACGACCUCCCUAAGGAUGUAGACAUCCUUCAUCUGGAGUACUUUGAAGAAGCUGUGAAUUACCUGCUCAGUCACCCUCAGGUCAAGGGUCCAGGAAUUGGCCUGCUGGGGACUUCCAAAGGGGCUCAACUCUGCCUUGCCAUGGCCUCUUUCCUGAAAGGCAUCAUGGCCGCUGUCAUAAUCAAUGGCUCUGUGGUUAAUGUUGCUGGAACAUUAUACUACAAGGAAGAGAGUCUGCCCCCUCUGGGCAAGAACCUAGAACGAAUCAGGGUGACCAAAGAUGGGUUUAAAGAUAUCAUAGAUGUCCUGAACGUCCCUCUAGAAGGUCCAGACCAGAAGAGCAUGAUCCCUGUGGGAAGGUCUGACACGACCUUCCUGUUCCUUGUAGGUCAGGAUGACCACAACUGGAAGAGCGAGUUCUACGCUAGAGAGGCCUCCAAAUGCCUGCAGGCCCAUGGGAAGGAGAAGCCCCAGAUCAUCUGCUACCCCAAAACAGGGCACAAUAUUGAACCCCCUUACUUCCCUUGGUCCAAGGCUGCCCCCCACUCCCAUUUUGAUAUGCCUGUUAUCCUUGGAGGGGAGCCCAGGGCUCAUGCCGUGGCCCAGGUGGAUGCUUGGUAG